AGUGUCAAUCAUUGUCUAAAUGUCGGUAAUAAUUUUAAUAUAAUAUAUUUAACAUUUAAAAACACCUGAUGCAUAUUAACAAAAUAACCAUUUAUGACUUCUAAAGACAACAGCUUAUUAUUCGAAAUGUUUUUGUUCCGGAUUAUCUAAGAUUAAAUAAAUUAAUUUGAAAAAAAAAACAGAUCAACAUUGAGUUAUGAUUACCCGGUGCAUUUCAGGAAAAAAUAUCAUAAUUUGUAUUAUGAUAAUUAUAAAUACUUUAUAGAAUCUUGAAUAUGUAAUGUUAAAAGAUCGAAAUUAUUAGUCAGACUCGUGUACGUAUUUAUUAUAAAAAUGUUGGGAGCGCACAGCACGAAUUUAUAUGACCAGAAAAAUAAAAAAAUUUUUUCUUACGAACAAGAGGAGUCAGGUAGCGAGCACUUUAGAGACUUAAGCUUUACUGUUAAUAAGAAAAAAUACAAACAAAUAAAAACUAAUCCAAGUGUAAUUUAUCGUUCAUCAAGAUCAUACAAGUUCAAGAAACAAAAAAUUAAGCGACGAUUUUCCAACCUGCUUAUAACAAACAAUUGUAAAUAUCCUGAUAUAAGUGGCCAUGCUGUGAAGAAGCAAAAUAGAUACAAAACCAGUAUUUUUCUAUCAAAGUAUGUGGUUAAUAUGGUGUUUGAGCGCCCAUUCCACGCGGCUCCAGGCCCUAUCAACCGUCCUCAUCAAAACACGUGCAAUAUUUACGGAUGCCAAGAGGUGGGCUCUGAUGACACAUGCUGUUAUACUUGUGAUUCUGACGACAUAUUUGAAGUAAUGAAAGACUUGUAUAAUUGUUACAAAAAGACAAAUUGCGUUAAUUGUAAAUGUUUACUUUGUGGAAAUAAACCGUUGCAAGGAAGAAUGAGAACGAAAAAUGAAAGACUAUCUGAAAAAAUCGCAGCGUUACUGAUACCGCCAAAAAGAAAAUGUGAUGCCAAAAGAAAAAGUAUAGAACCAUCUAAGCCUGGUGUUCCUGUUCAAAAAACUAAAAGGCAAUCAAAAAUAAAAUUAACUGUUAAGGCUCAGAGCGACUUAGGUUUACCUGUUGAAUCUACAGAAAAGGCCAAACCACCGUUGAGUCAAAUUACUCCGCCAAAAGAAAUAAUUCAGAAAAAUGAAUCCAAAACUAAACUGGCAGAAGAUUUAACACCGACACAAAGAAAGAAUUUAAAACACAAAGAAAAACUUUUAGGAAGCCUAGUUAAGAACGGCUUACCUUUACCUGUAGGUAGAACACCGUCUGAAAGAAAAUUUAUUGACACAGUUCGACUACAUUUAGGUCUUCCACAAGAAAACGAAACCUCACGUGAGUUAGAAAGGAAACCUCCUUUGGAAGCUAGUACAUUAACGCUAUUUGAAGGAAAACCACUAAUGAAGUGUACGAAAGAUCAGGCAAGCGAUCCAAUUCCAGAAAAUUUAGUUUUAAUAAAAAAGGACCAAUUAAACAAAAUGGUAAACCAUUCAGUGUCAAAACAUAAAUUAAUUAUGGAAAAAGUUAAACAUAGGAAAUCAUCUGGAUUAUUAACACCAUUAAAAGGCAAAACUCUUGAACAGAAAGAAAAAAUAUUGAUAGACUUAGUUAAAGCCGGUCUUCCGUUACCAGAACCUAAAACAGCGUCCGAAAAAUAUUUAGUUGACCGAAUUCAAAAUAAAAUAGGAAUGGUUCCUCAACGAAAUAUGUCAUCAGUGAGUAUAGCUCUAGAAAACAUGACUCCAACAGAAAAAGAAAUAAUAUUGAAACGAUUGAAAGAUGUAGGAUUAUCCCUCCCAGAACCGACACCAACAACCGAAACAAAAUCAGAAGAUGAAAACAUAUUUAAAGCAUUAGAAGGAUUAUCAAAAGCUGAGAAAUAUAAAAUAAUGAAAAGUUUAGGUGAAGAUGGAAUGGUCCUACCAGACGGUAAUACGAUUUCCGAAAAGUCCUUGAUUCGCAACGUGAAGGCAGAAUUAGGAAUAGCUCCAGUAAAGAAGCGUAAAGUUCAUAACUCAGUUAUCAUAAAGGCAAGAACUGAAGGUCUUUUCGCACCAAUAACUGAUAAACCACAAGAAGAGAAAGAAAGAAUAAUAAGAGGCCUCGCUGAAGCUGAAUUACCUGUACCUACAGGUAAAACAGCAUCUGAAAAAGAUUUAAUUAAGAGAAUUAAGGAUGAUGUCCGUCGGUUAAGUGAUGCAAAGCGUUACAAAACGGGUGAUAUGGAGAAAUUGUCAAAAAAAUAUGAAGAAAUGAAGAAACCACGGACGGGUGUAACUCAAAAUUAUCAAGCCGUUAUCAAGGCAAAAACUUGUGAACGUGCCUGCGGUUCUAACAAAAAAAAUAUCAAUUUAAAAGACCACACUAAGUUUAAAGUGGCCUUUUCAGAUGUACCGGUUUUCUAUGAUCGUCCUGCAGAAUGCAUAACAGGCGGUAAAAGAGGGUAUUUGGUUGAUAAUAAAGGAAUCCAUAUUAUUGUUAGCAGUGCCAAAGGUGCUCCAUCGAUUUCGAGAGAAUACGUCAAUCAGAUAAUGCAGGAUCGAUUGGCUUGUAAAGCUCACAGAAAGAAUAUAGACAGAGUCUAUUCAAAGUAUUUUAAAAUUUCCAAAAACAUUCGCUGUACUGAAAACUAUUCCCGUAAUCUUUGUGCGAAUAGAAGUAAAAUUCAGUGUUUGAAAAGUAGUAAAAGAUCGAGUGACAGGCGUACAAAAAAAUGCGUUGGUCCAAAAGCAAAUAUGAAGCGUCUUCAAAAUAUAGAACAGAUUUGCAGAAAUGUUAGAAACUUGAAAUCUAAAUCAACAGCAGACAGUUCUGUGUCGAUUUUAGUGUUAAAUAGUGAGGCUUCCUUAAGUUUUGACACAAGUAGCAGUAACAGUUCGGAUACGAGUGUGACGUCAGAUUUGAGCAGUGACAUCACUGCUCAUUCAAAGCAUUGUUCCGCCACGCCAUCCUACGAAGAACUUUUGAACAUUAGUACAGUAGAUGGAGCAACAAGUGAAGAGUUGAUCGACCAAGCUGUCAUUAUUGACGAUCGUAAGAAAAAAAUGAGCUCUCGAACAAUAAAUCCGCAGCUGGAAUAUGCUGUAUUUCGAUUGACGGAAGAAAGAAAUAAUUUUGUAACUAAAUUUCCUUCAAGGAGAAGGCAAAAUAUAGUUACAGGAAAUAUUGUUCUUUUCAACCGUUUUUCAAGAAAAUUCGAUUUAUCGAAGCUAUUAGACAAAAUACUUGCAAGGAAACGUUUCACCGACGCGUCCUCACUAUUCGUAGUGGUACCGACAUCUGAUGAAGAGGAAGAACCUACCAAAGUUAUCAAGUCCACUAGCAUUUGUUCAGUUGACACACCAGUCGUAGCGAAUUCUGACACGAUGACGGCGAUCUCCUCCGUGCACGGGCCCCAGGAGGUGUGUGGACAUGGAAAGAAGUUUUACAUGCAAGAAGUAUUGUCGGCAACAAGAGAUACAGAAAAAGCAGUACAGAAAGAUUCUUUACGUGUUUUAAAAUACGUCAACAUGGAUACUAGAAAUAAAUAUUGUCAAUUUGUGACAACUGAUGGUACUCGUGGAAGGUAUGUAGCGAGUGUGCAAGGCAUGGCGGUGGACACCACCCUGGACAGACCGUGCUGCUGCCUCCCCAAGAUCUCCUCCACCACUUACGUUAUAGAAAGUGCCACCUCAAAGAAUUGUUACGUCGGCAAUGUAUCAAGACAAGUCACGCCACUGUUAUUGAAAGAUAAAAGACCCAAAUGGUGUCGAUUCCCUAAGACUGGUCGUAAGCAUAGUGCGCCCAAGCCACAUCCUCCGAUACUUGUGCCUUGCAUUACGAACCACUCACGGUCCGCCACGAGCCAUUGGCGCAACCACAAAUAUCGUCCAAGAUCGUCAUCAGUUUCAAUAAAUGAAAGUCUAAAUAAAUACAAUUAUAUACCGGAGCCUUGUGAAUGUAAUACAGGUUUCGAUUUGGAAUCAUAUCAAACUGCAAAAGUAACUGUAGAUAGUAACAGUAAUUACAGCGGUAAUAUAGGUAGUGCGCACAGGAGAAGUUUCAUAAAUCGAGGUUCUAUUCGUAACACCAUUAAAACACCAAGUUCCAGCAGUAGUACCAGUGAUGAGAGAGACAGACGUCCAAGAUCUACGAAGCGGAAGCCAAGUGUUACCAUUAAAGAAGACAUAAAAAGCGGUAGUAAACAUAGCGGCUCUUCAAAGAAAUCUGAUAAAAAGAAAUCUGCAAAAAAUAAAUCUGAUACAAAGAAACCUGCAAAAAAAUCCAGCAGUACAAGCAACGCUAAGAAAAAAAGUAAUUUAAAACCAACACCAGCCAGUUGUUUGGCUAAGCGUAAAAUGAGGGAAGAGUGCUCGAGUUCCGAGGAAAGUACGAGUGCAGAGUCCUCAGAAGAGUCUGCAAAGUCGUGUGAGAGUCAAGACCCUCGUCAUACAGGAGAUGCGUGUUUCGGUACAGCCAGUCUAAGGGAAUUGACGAUGUGCCCACCGCCUGAAUGUGUGAAGUUAAAGAAACCCGUAGAAAAACGAAAAUGUGGUUGCAUUGUGGUAAAAGGCAAAAAAUGUGCCUGUGUAGAGCACUACAAUUAUUCAGGCCCACGGCCAGGACCGACAUCGUGGACAUGGACUAGGGGAAUGGUCACGGAUUUUAGAGGACCAGCAAUUAUAAACGCACGGAAAGUUUGUUCAUAUAAGAGAGUCUUAUGUGAUGAGAAAAUUGAGGACUGUGAUUGUCCUAAACAGGAAUGUGGGUCAGGCAAUAUCAGAACAGUUUGUCCCUGUGGUGAACACACCAAUGUCAUAUCAUAUCCCGACAAAGGGCCCAAACCGUCGACUAAAACCGUUGGCGCUGUGACAGAGCUGAUAGGUUCAGAUAUAUUCCGUCUCGAACUAAGGUUUUGUCCCGUCGAGCCGACAAUUAAUCCGAAGCAAAAAAAGAAGUGCAAAAUAGACAAAGGUUGCGUAUGCCGAGAUUUAACUGAAAAAGGUGCAGUACCAGACACACCGCCAUGUAGCGUGGAUUGUACACGCAUGCCGAAACCAGAACCGAAAAAAAAAUGUAUUCAUAAAAUGAAAAAUAUUGAUCCUUGUACGGCACUUGAACAACUACCCGACAAAGUUAAAAUCAGGAUCAUAAGGGAGGAUCCGAGAAAAAAUGUACGCUGUCAAACUGAACCCGCUCCGCUGGGACUUAUAUCAAAAUUGUUAAGCAUUGGUAAGAAAUCUAAUACGAAGAGGAAGGUUCAAUGUGUUGGUUCAAACGAAAGUGUAAUAGUGAUUUCAAGUCCAACAAAUAGCACUGUUCCAUGUGAAGCAGUUAGCCCUAGUCCAUGUGGAAAACCUAAAAAUGUUCCAUGUGGAAAAGCUAGCACUAUUGGACCACCACGUGGAAAAGCUAGCACUAUUGGACCACUAUGUGAAAAAGCUAGCACUAUUGGACCACCACGUGGAAAUGCUAACACUAUUGGACCACCAUGUGAAAAUGCUAACACUAUUGGACCACCAAGUGGAAAUGCUAACACUAUUGGAUUACCAUGUGGAAAAGCUAGCCCUAUUAGACUACCAUGUGGAAAAGAAGCAGUUGCAAAAGAUAGCGAAUGCUCUAUUUGUAAACAUACUAAGGUUAUUGUAAGGAAAAAUGUAAAAGUGUGUAAAUGCAAGCCGUUUUGUAAAUGUGUUACUUGCACAUCAAAAAAUCCGAGAAAGCCAAAAUACCACGAUGCGGAUUAUACUCGGCCAUGUGCAAUACCGAUGCAGAAAAAGCUGUGUGCAUGCGAACCAUUUUGUAGAUGCCUAGCAUGCACAUUGUUGCCAACUAUAGAGUGUCCAGAAGCUACUAAACGUAGAUCAGUUUGUGAAUGUAAAAAACUGGGUCCUCAGGCAAAGAGGCCUGUCUCGUGUAAAUGCAUACCGAACUGCGAUUGUGGCCUUAUACCAAAACCCCAAGUUAGUUGUGAAUGUAUAAGGAAACGUGUGUCAUGUCGAUGUCAUCGAUGCCUCUGUAAGAAAACUUCAAAAUCUAGUAAAAAAUCUGUAACGUUGCUUGAUCCGAAGGAUGGAGGUAUGUGUGGAUGUGAGCUCUCAUGCGCUUUAGAACCUGAGCCGGAACCGGAACCAGUACCGGAACCUGAACCAGAACCGGAGCCUGAACCGCCUCAGCUUGUUGAAUAUCCACUUGAAAUUUAUCCCGAUGGGCAAGUUUACGAAAUUGUCGGCCCUAGUUGUGCUUGGAUACAAGAUACCGAGGCACUUAUGAAAAUUAGAUCAGAGUUAACUUUGACAAGUUCAGGGUUCAAAGCAUUCAAAACCAGAAAAUUGCCACAGAAACCACCGCAACAGGAAUUUGAAUUGGAUUUUGCUCUAGCAAUCAGGUAUUUUGCUUAUAUGAAUCCGAAAAGAUUCCGGGAGUUGAUGUUACAGGAACGCUAUCGGAUCGCAAUGGAAGAAAAACAGAAGUUGGACUAUUUGGAGGAAAUGAAGGAGGAAAGAGAAUAUAUGAAGCUAGAGGCGGAAAAGCGGAGGCUUAGUGCAUUGAAGCGGAAAGAGGACGAUGCGAAAUACUGGGCAUAUAUUGAGGGUUUAGUAGGAGAAAAAGUUUAUAAAGUCAUAAAAUAUUUAAGAGACACAUUUGGAGGAGAGGAGGAACCGAUACCGGAACCGUAUGUAGAGGAUACGACUCCAAUAGAUCCAACACAGGUUACCUACACGGAUAUGGGGGCAGAAGCGGACCUAGAUCCAACGUAUUGGUAUCCUGAAGGAUUUAAGUUAACAAUUGGCAAUGGCGGUGCAACACCGGGUAAUCCGAAUCCUAGUUGCAGAUGAUUUCAUAGAGUCGCAUAUAACGUCACGUCUAACACUCUGGAGGAGCACUUUAAGUUUACAAAAUUAUUUAUUUUUCUACAGUUCAGUAUGUAGAUAUCGUCAUGGGUCUUACUUUUUUAUAGAAAUCAUGUUUAGUCCAUAUGUACUAGUAACUUCACUUUUAAAAUAAAAUGUGUUAAAAUGA